AUGGGGCCCCCCUCCGAGGUGAGCAGUGCUGCUGCUGCUCCCGUUCUUGAUGCAGCAGCAGCAGCAGCUGCUGCUGCUGUUGUUGCUGCUGUUGACGCUUCCUUCACCUACGAAGAAAAAACAACUCAGCAGCAGCUGCUGCUGCAGCAGCUACAGCAGCAGCAAGAGCAACUGCAGCAAACGCAAGAUCAGCAGCAACAGCCACAAUGGCAGUACACCGAAGAGCUCCUGCAGCACCGGCUGCGCCAUCAGCAGCAGCAGCAGCAGGAGGAGGAGGAGCAGCAGCAGCAGCACCAGGAGCAGGAGGAGCAAGAGGAGCAGACUCAACAGCAUCAGCAGCAGCAGCAGCAGCAACAUCAGCAGCAGCAGCAAGACGAUCAGAUGCUAUUAGCUUCCCCUCCAGCAGAAGAGGCAUCGUUUGGGGCCCCCCAUAUGGGGGCCCCCCAUAUUGAGGCUUCCCGUAUGGGGGCCCCCCAGAUGGGGGCCCCCCAUUGGGGGGCCCCUAAUUGGGGGGCCCCCCAUUGGGGGCCCCACCGAGGGGCCCUUAGGGGCCCCCCGAGGGUAAAGGGGGAGGAUAGAGGCCGGGCCUCUUACCUGUUGGAGACCACCAGCGAGCGCUCCCUCCUCUACGGCCUGCUAAACCCUAUGGUGCUCCUUGCCUUCUACAAGUUUGUUGAAGAGCAUCGCCUUAAGGAGCUUACCGCAAUGAAAGCCGCAAAAAACUUGUUAGGAGACGCAUUUGUAGUGAAGCCUCAACUGCUGGGCGAGCAUGUUUAUUUGCUGCAUACUCUCGCCGCCUUCGCGUACUCCAAGCGCUGCUUUUCCCCGGCGAAAAGGAUGUUUUUCGAGCGGCGUUUCGUCGCUCCUUGUGUUGUGGUUUUAUCUUAUUUUAAAAUCCCUCCUGAGUAUCUGGGGAUUCAUCAUUUGCUGCGUGCUGAGGGGGAGGCAGGGGGAGAGGGUUUAGCUAGCUAUGCAGCUAGCCAGCUAGCUGGUCAGGUAGAAGCAGCAGCAGCAGCAGCAGCAGUAACACCAACAACAACACGGCGGGAGAGGCGUUUUGCAGCAGCAAAUGAACAGCAGCUAACCUGGGAUGCUGCUGCUGCUGCGUUAUCUUCUUCAAAGGGAGACAGCAACAAAAGCGCAUGCACGAAGUUUCUUGCUGCUGCUGCAGACUGUCUCCUUGAGCUGCUGCUGCCCCUCUGGGAAGAUUUUAGAGUAUCCUCCUUGCCGCAGCUGCUGCGGGAGGCUCUCCACCCCCGCUUCAGCCCUAAGAUCUCUCUUCUAGACAGGAUUGUGAAGCUGCAGCAGCAAUCUGCUGCACUUCUUGCGUUUCUUAAUUCCUCUUCUACCCCAUCAGCAGCAGCAGGAGCAGCAGCAGCAGCAGUGCCAGCCGCUGCCUCCUUGCAGCUUGCAGACCCCCAGCAGCAGCAGCAGCUGCUGCAGCUGCACCAUCAGCAGCAGCAGCAGCAGCAGCAGCAGCAGCUGGAGUGUUUGUCAGCUGAGGGGCGCCGCCGUAGGCACAGACAGCCCAAGCUAUGCCCUGACGGUAGCGAUGAAGAAAGGAAUGGAGUUCAGCAAUAUGAUGAGUGCUGGUUUGGUGUCUCUAGCCCACAGAGAAGGGAGUCAACUCGAUGUCAGCCUCUUUAA